CCGCGUCGCCGCUGUGUUCAGUUUUGAUUGGCAGUGGAGUUCACUGGGCUACAUAGAUAGUAAUGUAAAAUACACAGACUCCUAAAUAUUGAUUACACCUUAUAACGCUCGUUCGCUAGCCUUUGAGCGAGCCACUUUGGUGUCUGUCAGUUGCUGCAGGCUAACUUAUGGAAACAUGGAUUUCAUCUUUGAAAUAGUUCAGGCCUUGGUGGCAUUGGCAGCUCUAAGUUUGAUUGUGGUGCUCAUAAUAGCCCACGUCACCGCCGAGAUGGUGACACUCACACGCCAUGAGAAGGAGAAAUACUUCCUCACCGUCACAGGAGAGAAGGAGCUCUUCCCCAGCCUGCAUGAUCCCUCCUCCAGGGAGCUCUCCGUAGUGAUCCCGGCCUACAACGAGGAACUUCGAAUGCCAGUGAUGUUGGAUGAAGCUACCGAGUACUUGGAGAACAGACAGAAACAGCAGCCCUCUUUUACCUAUGAGGUCAUCGUGGUCGACGACGGCAGCAAAGACAAAACAACAGAGGUCGCGCUGCGGUACAGUAGAAAGUACGGUGCUGAUAAAGUUCGGGUCCUGACACUGGUGAAUAACCGGGGGAAAGGAGGAGCUGUGCGGAUGGGAACUCUGAGCUCCAGAGGGAAACUCAUUCUGAUGGCCGAUGCUGAUGGAGCCACAAAGUUUGCUGACAUUGAGAAAGUGGAGGCUGGACUUAAUGCCCUCAAACCUAAACCGGAGAACAUGGCAAUUUCUUGUGGUUCCAGAGCUCACCUGGAGCAAGACUCAGUGGCCCAGCGCUCUAUGUUUCGUACGUUCCUCAUGUAUGGCUUUCACUUCCUGGUGUGGUUCUUUUGCGUAAGAGGGAUCAAAGACACACAAUGUGGAUUCAAGCUUUUCACACGCGAGGCCGCCCUCAAGACCUUCUCUUCCCUCCAUGUAGAGCGAUGGGCUUUUGAUGUGGAGCUCCUGUAUAUUGCCCAGUGUUUUAAAAUCCCCAUCGCAGAGGUGGCGGUCAACUGGACUGAAAUAGAAGGAUCCAAGCUGGUCCCGUUUUGGAGCUGGCUGCAGAUGGGACGAGACCUUUUUUUUAUUCGCAUGCGCUACUUCACCAGGGCCUGGAAACUGCAGUCAGCGCAUAAGACUGAGUAAAAUACAGAGACCGCCUUUUACAGGAAUAUCGAACAUCCGGGCGAGGUGGGAUGAGAAACUGUGUCCGUCAUUCACUGCCAGCAAGAACAAUGUACAAUGUACAUCACGUCUUUCUCCUCCCCAAACCUCAUCGCGUGUGAAGUGUUGGCGCGGUUGCCUUUUUUCUUUUUCUUUUUUACAGUUUUGAUCGCAGCUUGUGAUGGUCGCUGUUACACAGACAUCUCUCCUGCUGCGGCUUUCAGAGUGCCUGUAUUAUUGAUCCGGUUAUUAUGGUUACUCAAUGUUUAUUUUGCCAAUCAGAUGUAAGUGACCGAUUGAAAUGUGGACAAUGAUCUGUAUGAUUGGGAUGGGAAGAAUGAAAGUUACUAUAUGGGGUUGUAGUUUUGAGGAAACACAGUUGUGGAUUGAUGUAUGACUUCAACCAAAAUAAAAAGGCAACAAUUUCA